AUGACCGACCAAGCACGUUGGAAAGCUACUGUUUAUGUUGGUGGUCUCUCCCACAUGGUCACAACCGCAAAUCUCGAAGCCGCAUUUUUACCCUUUGGAGAAAUAACAGAUGUCUCUAUACCCAAAGCAGAUGGACCCAACUCAACAGAGCCACAUCGGGGGUUUGGAUAUGUAGAGUUUGAGGAUCCAGAAGAUACCAAAGAUGCUAUCGACAAUAUGGACCAAUCUGAACUCUUCGGCAAGGUGAUCAAAGUCAAUGCGGCUAAACCUCCUAAGAGUGUGAACGAGGGACUGGGAAGCAAAACUGCUUUGUGGGAACAGGAGGGGUGGCUAGCAGAGAAUGCAGUGAGCGAGGAGGAUAAAGUGGCAGCUGAACAAGCUAGAGCCGGAGCUCAAGAUAGACCUGAUGAUCCCAUGCAAGGUCUAGAAGGUUUAGACGUGGCAGGGCCAAAGCCGGCUUGA